AUGAGAACCUUCAGUCUUGUGUCACUGGCGGCUAUUUUAAAUUAUCUAACGCUUCCAUCUGCCGUUGGGAGUGGCCCUGUCGCUAACGCUUCAAGUUACAAGUGUCAUGACAGGGUCAUUGGUCCGGUUACCUUAAAUGAUCAGAUAGAAAAGGCAUAUAGAGAAGCAUUAGAAGCAGGCACUUCACCUAACGGACUAAGGAAAGGACAGAAAUUUGGUUCAAGAUACUUUAAUGUAAUCUUAAAAAGAGGAGAAGAAAAUAUUAAAGUCGAAUUUUUUGUGGGAAUCAACUAUUUGAAGGAAAUUAUUUAUCUACAGGCUUAUGUCCAGAGCGUAUUGCUAGAUUGUUAUCCAACAACAGAGAGGCCUCAAUUAAACAUAAUUCUGCACUAG